GUCCACUGUGUGCUUUAUUUAACUUCAAACUAAAAAUGCCUCAUAAAUUUCAUGGAGAAUUUUUUUACACGUGGUAUUGCAGUCUUGCAUUGAUGCUUUGCUAUGCAGUCGGAGAGUUGGGUCAUUUUUUACUUGGUGUUACUUCAAAACCAAUGGCCCAGGAUAUUCAUUUUGGUGACCAAGGAUGCAUGCCUAAUGAGGAAACACAUAAUGAAGUUCAUGAAAUGUGCAAAAGCUCUUCUGAUGAUAAUUUUCCUGAAGAACAAUGCUCUAAUGUAACACUUAACGGAAGUUUUGUGUGUAGAUGGGAUUAUAAAGGUGAUGGUGUUGAAUAUCAACUCUUAGCAGGGCCAUUUUUUGUUGCAAUCUUCACGAUCAUGGGCAUUAUUCUUGGUGUACUUGGUGAUAGUUAUAACAGAGUCAGAAUACUUUUUAUCUGUGUUCUGGUCUGUUCUCUGAUGACUUUGGUAACUGGAUUCUCUACUCAAUAUUGGCAAUUAGCUGUUCUCAGAAUUGGAUUUGGUGCAGCAGAAGCCGGGUUUUCCCCACUGAGUGCAAGUAUAAUCGCUGAUAUUUUUGGAAAAACCUCAAGGGGUCUUGGAAUGAGUGUCUUCAACUGGGGAAUCUAUUUUGGUUUCGGUUGUGCAUUUGCUGUAGGAAAUAUAGUAACGGAAGCUAAUAUAAAUGACCAAGGUUGGAGAUGGGCUUAUUAUAUUGCAGGAAUACCAGGCUUUUUCUUGGCAUUUUUGAUUUUGCUAACUUUGAAAGAACCUACUCGAAAAAAUAUCACUGUGACUGAUGAGAAGCAAGAAUUGCAAAAAGAAGAAAUAAAAGGAAGUUUAAAGAAGAAACCAAAUAAGGUUUUUCUUUUAUUUUCAAAAGUUACAACGGCGAUCAAGUUAUAUGCUACCAAGCCUUCUCUUAUGGUACUACUUAUUGCAGCUUGUAUUCGUCAUUCUGCAAGUUAUUGUUUUGCAUAUAAUGCCCAAUUAUAUUUUAGUGAAUAUUACCCAACUACUAAACUUGGAUUAUGGAUGACAAUAUCGUCCAUUGUUGGGGGUUCUAUAGGAAUAGCUUCUGGUGGACUCAUAUCUGAUUUAAUCGUGGUGAAACAUGGUGUUCAUACCCGAAUGUGGGUACUUGCCAUUAGUCAGGCUCUAGCUUCCCCUCUCGCGUUUGGUGUACUGUAUCUUACCCCUCCUUUUUGUUUUUUCUCUCUCAUUGCUGCAUAUUUAUUUGCAGAAAUGUGGUUUGGGAUUAUAUUUGCAGUUUUGGUUGAGCUUCUACCAACCGAAGUAAGAUCAACUUGUUUGGCAACUUUCUUUUUUGUUAUAAAUAAUAUUGCUGGUCUGGUAUUACUUGGUGUUCCUAAACUUAAAGAUAAUAUGGGAUCUCGCCAAGCGUUAACUUUGGUUUAUCCUGGAUUUUAUCUUAUAAGUUCAUUCUUCUUUGCUUUAGCACAAAUCUUACUGCGUAGGGAAGUACGUAGUAAAUCAUUACACCAGUCUGAUAGUAAUAAAGUUGAUUCCCAUGAUCUUUAACAAAACUUGAUAUUUGCAGCUUUUUAUAAAAUAGAUGUGAUUUUUUUAUUGGAUAUAGAAAUAAACAUUUUCCUGCUAAAACAGUUUUGUUUUCAUAUUCAGUUUCACCUUAUAGCAUUGUAUAUUGGUAUCAAUAUUCUGCAAACCCAAAUUACAUAAACUGCAAUGUAAAUAUGGUAAAUAAAUGAAGGAACCUAACAUCAAUUCCACUGUUUGUAUUAUACUGCCUUCCUUCAAUUUUCAAGCCAGUAUUUCCAACAAUAAUAUGUAAAUAAUUGCAUCUCAAAUACGCCAAUACUAAUGUUUAAUUCUUAUGUUUUGCAAAACUUAGGAAAUUAACUUUUUAUGGACCUAUGCAGCAUACAUUUGGUGCUCUGUUGAAUUCAGAAUAAACAAUGUUCGUAAAUUCGACUGGUGUAAAACUUUAGUGCGCCUGUAAUUUAUUAUGCAAUAUAUAUUGUAAUUGCCGUAUUCUGCUUUACCUUUGAAUGAAUUAAGUUAGUUAGGAAAUGUCUUUAUUAAUCACUGUCAUGUUAUAUAUAUAUAUUCUACUUUGUCACUUUCUCAUUGCAUUUGAUUGAUAGUGGACAGUUUACCCUAUACAAAUGCUUUUUGCUUUAAUAGUGAGUACUUGUUACUAUUGAACAAAUCUCCACCGUCACACGCAGUCAUUCCUCUGGUUCAUUCCAACACUUAUUGCUUUGUAACAUCUUCUUUUCAUGAUGUAGUAUUAUAGUGAACUACUUGCAAUUAGCAUUUUCCUCAUUUUUCGAGAACAAAAAUUUAUUAUUGACUUAUCAUGAAAUAAAAGCAUUUAUAUUUUCCUGUUUAUUCUAACUAUGAACUGUUAAAAUAUCACUGAAAAAUUUGUGUUAGGAAUUUGUAUUUCGUUAAUUAUGUUCUAUAUUCCUCCUUAUUAGUUUAUUUAUUAUUUAUAGUGAGUGCACUCCCAAUUAGUAUUUGCCACCCACCUAUUUUCAGACCUAUUUAUUAAGUAAAUAAAUUUUGAAAUGAUUGUUAAAUUUGUGAAUUCUUUUUUAAGGCCAAACAACAUGACACUGUUGGUCAUUGUUGUUUAUUUAUGUUUCUUGAUAACUGUGGCUCUACAUUGUGUUGACAUGACUUGACUCACUCCAUUUAUUCAUCAG